GGAAAAAUAAAUAAUGUACCUACCUUCCUUAUUUCUCUUGUUAUUUACCUUAAUAUAAAUAAAAAUUAAAACUCAGGAAUAGUGUGUGCAAUCGGCUCAUCACGAGGUCUUACAAGUACAUGAAUUUUGCGUCGAAGAUGCCGCUGCUGAGGUUUGAGCAGAGCGACCUGAAGUGCAAGAAUGGAUGCGACUACUUCGGGAACCCGCAGUGGCAGGGGUACUGCUCCAAGUGUCACCGGGAGCAAAUGUCAAGGCAACGGAGGGCAGAGAAAGCGUCAUCAGGAACACUGCCGAAGCCGUCUCAGAAGAAGGAAGGGCUCAAUCUGAAGGUGACCGCGCGCUCCUCAUUCUCCAAGUUCGAGGAGAAGCGUCUCCGGCAGAGCGAGACCCUGAAGAAGGCCAACUUGCUGAAGUCACUUGCUGUCUUCAAGAAAACCAGCACAGACGACCACGACACAUCCGAGAAGCGGCCACCAGAAUUCAAGAUCCCUUCGUCAGUGUUGGAAGGCAUGAAGCGAGACUUCCGAGCCCGUUUCCCGCGGCUCUCCCAGCACAUAGACAGAGACGGACGUAUGUGCGUGCAUACGCUUGUAAUGGACGUGAUCAAGUGCGCUAAUGUAAUGACCGCCGACGAGUUGUCUGAGAGGGUCCAGAGGCAUUACCAGCGUUUCAUGAAACACAUGGAGUCUGACCCGCACUACAGCGCCGUGGAUUCGGAGAUGAAGGAGCACCUCAUGGAUUUUGUGGAGAAGCAUGCCAUGUCUUACUUGCACGAAUUACCAUCAGUAGUAUUUUCACCCACCGGCACGGACGACGAGCGCCUGGACCGGGCUAUGUCGGAACGGAUCCAACAACUAAGUUGGGUGGGGGAGUCCCACCUUGAGUGCAAGCUGGAUAGAAACAGCGCUUCGUGCCGCCAGCUGCUGUAUAAAGCUAUCAACGAACUCCUGGGUAUGGACAGCGCGAUGUCGCCCGGCGGGAAGCUGCGCCAGGUCCGGCGCUGCUGCCGCCACGUGUUGGCGCUGUGCGGCGCGCCCGCCUCGGCCGACGAUCUGUUGCCUGCACUUAUAUUUACCGUGCUAAAAGCGAACCCGCCCCGGCUGGUGAGCAACAUCAACUUUGUGACGAGGUUCUGCAACGCCCAGCGCCUGAUGACAGGCGAGGGUGGAUACUAUUUCACUAACUUGUGCUGCGCGGUAUCGUUCAUCGAGAACCUGAAUGCCGAGUCGCUCAAUAUGGACAAGAAGGAGUUCGAUUGCUAUAUGGCGAUGCCGGCCUCCAUAGGUGGCAGCUCUUGGGCGGCGGCGCUGUCGCUGUGCGGCGCCACGCGCGAGGCGGAGGAGCAGCGCGCGUUCGCGGAGACUCUUCUGGAGAAAGCGCGGGAAAUACAAACCAACAGUGACAGGUUCGCGCACGACGCUAAGUAUUUUGAGGAAGAGAUUGCCAAAAAAGUUCAACAAGUACUCGCCAAAACGCCCCUGAAGAUCAAACCUCGCACCGAACUGCCUCGCAUAGGGAAACUCAAGGAGUUGUCCACGAUGCCGCUCAUCGACCUGGAGGCGCCACUAGCACAAGAAUCGCACGACCAAUCGGAUGGCACACAAGGCGACUUCCAAAUUCAAACACCAAUAAUCCAGGGCAAUUCAAAUUACGAACAGAACGUUCAACCGUCAAAAACAGAUGAAGUAACAAAAGAAACACAUGAAGAGCCGAAAUUAAGUAUUUUAGGAUUCGAAGUAGUUGAAAAACCGUCUCCGCCAAAAACCCCUCAGCAUGAUCACUCUUGGGGUUUAAAACAGACAAAUUCCUUGGAAGUGCUGACUCCAUCGCCGCUCGGCUUUACGCCAUUCGAUUCGAGAUCGAUAGACGAACUGAUGACUCCUGACGAGUUCGGAUCCGACCAUAUAGCACCAGGUUUGAGUAAUAUCAACUACGACAUUGAUUUGUCUGACCUCAGUGGAGAUAAUAGCAUAGCUGAAGACGCGCCAAAAGAAUCGAAAGACCCCUUCAGUCCAGAUGGUCUUAAGAAAUUUAACCCAUUCGCGCCCAGACCGCAAUCUUUCAACGCAAUUUUGGAGAAAUUCGACGAAUUCAGUCUGGUAGAUACUAAAACAAAUGAAACGUGCGACCCGUUCGAAGUCGUGCACCGAACUGCCGAUCCUUUUAGUCCAUCUGCGCCGACCACCGCUCCAAAGACUAAGGACCCCUUUAGUCCAGAUAAUAAAAAUAUUUCAUCCACUUCUAUCCUCGAUGACAGUAAUUCACCAACUGCCGCCUGCCUUUUGCCGUCGCCAAUACAGCCACAGAAUACUGGCAAGCAAACUUAAUCAGCUGCUAAAAAUAAAUGUUUAUUAUAAUGAAAGUUUGUUACCAAAGUUUGCAUGAAUGUGGCAUAAUUUAUCAUGCAUCUAUGAGAAAGCACAUUUCAUGGUGGUAAAGCCGCGGUUUUGAAAACAUUAAAAACUGUAACAAUAAUAAUGUAAACGCUGUAUUUGGUGGUCCAGAUUAUUACUUUCGAUGUGGGAUUUCAAAAGCAAUUUUUUAUUAUGUUAAUAUAAUUUGCACAGCCCGGAAACAUUUAGACCAGAAAAGGUAUUUUUUUUGCGUUAUCUUGUUUGCACGUGUGAUAUGAUAGAUAGCUCAGUCUUAGAUAAUAUUGUUGAUAAACACUGAGUUCCAGCCUUUUUUUUUAAAUGUGCUCAAUUUAUAGUUAUUUAUUAAGACAAAAGAUAAACUAUUGUAAAAAAUCUAAUAAUUUAAUCAAAUGUAAUAUCCUACAACACGUAGGCCAAACGAAUAAAGGACAUGAUUCAAU